GGACGAGCUGGCGAGCUGGAUCGUAUAUAUAUCGGGGUCGGCGUUGCCUCUUGUUUGCAUUCUCCAUCUUCUUCACUCUCACUACAGCAUCUCACGGUCUUUAAUUCACUCGCUCUCUUGUCAUUCUUUCAGUCACUCGCUUCAGUUAAUCAACAUAACAAUCCUUUCUCAAUAACCACCAAAUAAUACAUACUUCAUAAUGCCUGCCAGAGUCUCCAUGAUUGCCUUGACCGUGGCCCUUGCCGGUCUCGCCUCGGCCCUGCCCAAUUACGGCUACGGUGCCCCUGCUGUCACCAGCUCUGUCGCUGCCCCUGCCCCGGCCUACACCAGCCCCGCCGCCGCUCCCGCUUACGGAAAGCCUGAGGCCUCCCCCGUCGCUCCCGACUACACCGCUCCCGGUGCCGGAAAGCCCGCGUACCCUGUCGGAACCGGUGCUCCUUACUGCGAGGGUGCCGACUGCGAGGAUGCCGACUACACCAAGGUCAUGAGCUCCACCUACGUUGCCACCUUGACCACCAAGGUUCCUUGCGAGCCGUACGUCACUGGUACCGAGACCGUCUCGUACACCAACAGCGAGAUCAUCACCACCGCUACCAACUACCAGACCAUCACUCACCACAAGGGUGACUACGCUCCCACCGGUGCCCCUAGCGCCCCCGCCUACCCCAAGGGCCACGGAAAGGGUCCUCACGGAGGAAACGCCCCGGGCCCCAAGCCCACCGGUGUCGCUAAGCCCAAGACCUCCAUCGUUCACGAGGAUGCCUACACCACCGUCUACGAGGACGUCUACGAGGACGCCCCCGAGGCCACCGGUGCCCCCCACAAGGGUUACCCCACCUCUGACGAUGAGGGUUCCGACUACGAGGAUGCCGAGGAGGAGAAGCCCACCGGCAACAAGGGUUACCCCGCUGCUGGUCCCGCCCACGGUGCCGGCAACCCUUCCAAGUUCCCCAGCAACGGUGCCCCCGCUGCCGGCCCCAAGGAGACCGUCUACGUGACCAAGCCCGCCCAGACCGUCACCAAGCCCGCCCAGACCGUCUACGUCACCAAGCCCGCCCAGACCGUGACCGAGUCCGCUGCUUGUGGUCAGGCCACUGCCCCCGCCGCUAAGACCGUCUACGUCACCAAGACCGAGACCAAGACCAUGACCGAGGCCGCUUCGUGCGGUGAGGCCACCGGUGCCCCCGUUGCCCCUGGCCACGGACAUGGCUCUCCUUCGGCCCCUGGUGCCGGAAAGCCCGUCCCCAAGCCCACCGGCUCUUACGGAACCCCUGCCACCGGAAAGCCCGUCGAGGAGACCGAGGAGCACGAGCACUCUGGCGAUGAGGAGGAGCACGACCACGAGGAGGAGACCGGCAAGCCCGCCCACGGCGGCCCUGCCCCCGGCACCCCCGCCAAGCCCACCGGCCACGGAUAUGCCACUCCUUCCGCCGCUGGCCCCAAGCCCGUGAAGCCCACCGGCUCCUACGGUGCCCCCGCCAAGGUCCCCGAGCACGAGACCGAGGAGGAGACCGAGCACGACCACACCGGUGCUGAGCACUCCGACGCUGAGGACUCUGACGAUGAGGGUUCCGACGAUGAGGAGGAGGAGGUUGCCGGUCCCGCCCACGGACACCCCGCCAAGCCCACCGGCCACGGAUAUGCCACUCCUUCCGCCGCUGGCCCCAAGCCCGUGAAGCCCACCGGCUCUUACGGCUCCCCCGCCGCCCCCGUUGCGGAGAAGCCCGUCGAGGAGGAGACCGAGGAGACCGAGGUUGAGGAGCCCACCAAGCCCUCCCCCAAGCCCGCCGGUUCCUACGGAGCCCCCGCCGCCUCUCCCGUCGAGGAGAAGCCCGUCGAGGAGGAGACCGAGGUUGAGGAGCCCGCCAAGCCCGCACCCAAGCCCGCCGGUUCUUACGGAACCCCCGCCGCCGCUUCCCCCGUCGAGGAGAAGCCCGCCUACGAGGCUUCCCCCGUCGAGGAGGCUGAGGAGGACUGCACUUCCACCGUCGCUGGUGCCGCGCCUACCGGAGCUGCCCCUGCUGGAGGCGCCCACGCUGCCCCUGCUGCCCCGGCCCCGGCUGCUGCCUCGCCUACCACUGUCAACAAGACUUACCGCAAGUAAGCGGUUCGCUCUCUCUGGAUGAUGAGGUUGUGGGGUAGUUAGUACAUAGUUAGAGUGGAUGAGGGAAAAGGUGUAUAGAUGUAUAAAGGGAGGUUGUGGGAGGAAGGAGGGGAGGAACUUGAUGCUGUAGAUAAUUGGUUCAAUAUGAUCGUUGGACUCUCU